AUGUGCAAGGGGCUUUUGGAAAUCGUGCUAAGCAUUAAGUUUGUAUUGCUCGGUGCUGUUCCAUUCCCCUCUGAUGUUAAACCACUGAAGGAGCUUGGUGUUUGUGGAGUGAUCACCCUGAAUGAGCCAUAUGAAACUUUAGUUCCUACAUCUCUAUAUCAUGCUUAUGGUAUUGACCAUUUGGUGCUCCCUACAAGAGACUACCUCUUUGCGCCAUCAUUGAAUGAUAUUUGCCAAGCUGUAGACUUCAUUCAUGGCAAUGCAUCACGUGGGCGAACUACAUAUGUUCACUGUAAAGCUGGCAGAGGACGCAGCACAACAAUUGUUAUAUGUUAUUUGGUGCAACACAAGCAGAUGAUGCCUGAAGUUGCGUAUGAUUAUGUGAAGUCAAUACGGCCAAGGGUUUUAUUAGCCUCUUCCCAAUGGCAGGCUGUUCAGGAGUAUUACCAUGUCCAGGUGAAGAUGUAUGGCUUGGGUCACCUGACCAGUCUAAUAUUGAAAACGCCAAGGUAUUUAGCUACUGCAAGUCUCUUGGCAUUUGAUGAUGGCUCUGUAGUUGUGGUAACAGAAGCAGAUCUUGAUGGAUACAAACCAAGUCAUGAGUUGAGUGCGCCGAGAAGUGGGAUGUGGGCGAAUUUGAGCUUAGUCUGCAAGGUUCGCGUUGCGGGCCAGGCAACUUUGGCUAGGCUUUCUUGCUUCUGGCUUCGUUGUCAUACUCACCGGGAGAUUUCAAGUGAGAAGCAGUCCAACGAGAACAACUGCUCCAUCAUGGCUGAUCAACUGGGAGGUCUUAGCCUGGAUAUCCAUGUUUACUGA